UAGAAUUCGAUAGGGAAAAAUGAGAAUCGGGUCGCUUUCAGGCAAUGAACACCGGCCUCACCGUGCUUACACCCUCUGCCGCGCGUACUCUCCGUCUUCUACCAUCGUCUCAACUCCGUCUCCCAUCCCUUCGUGUCCCCAGGAACCCUAGCUGGCUGUCGAGGACACCGCCAGCUUCAACUGCUGCUCGUCGCUUUACUGUCCUCUCUCCCAUGGCGUCUGCUUUCAAGCCUGAAGAGGCUAGGUUUCCCGCCGCUCUCCAGCCCCCGGUUCCCUCCGUUUCGAAGUUUAAGAUUGCCCUGUGCCAGUUGUCGGUGACGGCGGAUAAGGCCAGGAACAUUGCGCAUGCUCGCAGAGCGAUCGAGGAGGCUGCUUCGAAGGGGGCUCAGCUCGUGCUUUUGCCUGAAAUAUGGAACAGUCCAUACUCAAAUGAUAGCUUUCCUGUAUAUGCGGAGGAUAUUGAAUCUGGUGAUGGUGCAGCUCCAUCAUAUUCCAUGCUCAGCGAAGCUGCUCGUAGCUUGAAGAUUACUAUUGUCGGUGGUUCAAUACCAGAGCGUUAUGGUGAUCAGUUAUAUAACACAUGCUGCAUUUUUGGUACGGACGGAAGUCUCAAGGGCAAACAUAGAAAGCUGCAUUUGUUCGACAUUGAUAUUCCCGGGAAAAUUACCUUCAAGGAGUCGAAGACCCUCACUGCUGGGCAGCAACCGACUAUUGUUGACACAGAUGUUGGACGGAUUGGGGUCGGCAUCUGCUAUGAUAUUCGCUUUCAGGAACUGGCCGUGCUGUAUGCAGCAAGAGGUGCUCAUUUACUAUGCUAUCCUGGGGCAUUUAACAUGACCACUGGUCCUCUGCAUUGGGAAUUGCUACAGAGAGCAAGGGCUGCUGAUAAUCAGUUAUUUGUAGCAACAUGCUCCCCAGCUCGUGACGCAAGUGCUGGAUAUGUUGCUUGGGGUCACUCUACCCUUGUAGGACCGUUUGGAGAGAUCAUUGCGACUACUGAGCAUGAGGAAGCCAUCAUUGUGGAAGAGAUUGAUUAUUCACUGCUAGAGUUGAGGAGGUCUAACCUCCCAUUACAGAAUCAAAGGCGUGGGGAUCUCUAUCAGUUUGUUGAUGUGCAGAGGGCCAGCCAUCACUAGAUAUGUAUCUUGUUUCUUUU